UCUAAGGCUUCCACGUGCGCUUGUGAGCACAACACCGCGUCAUAAAGCGGGCAGCAUGUCUGUGUGGAUCCGCGUCCUGCUGAUGGUCCACCUGGGCGCGCUGCAGCCAGGCGGACCGUCCGGGACAGGCCAAAUCCGGAAGAACCUCCCAAGGCGGCGGCCGUGCCUGGAGCCGCCGGAGGAGGUUCUGGAGCAGAUGUUCGGGCGGCUGUCGGUCGGUGUCUUCAGCGCUUUCCAUCACGCGCUCCAGCUGGAACCGCACGACAAACUCAACCUGAGCUGCCCGACCACAACCCGACUUACGAGCGACUGUAAGAAGCGCCUUCCGCUCAACCUGCUCAGUGUCGCCCCCUGGGCUUACAGGCUGUCCUACGACCCAACCAGGUAUCCUCGUUACAUCCCCGAGGCCUACUGCCUGUGUAAGGGCUGCCUGAUCGGACCGCACGGCGAGGACGAGAAGGAGUACCGCAGCACACCAGUCUACGCGCCAUCAGUCAUCCUGAAGAGAACUGGCUCCUGUGUCGGAGGCCGCCACUCCUACGCAGAGACUUACGUCUCCAUUGCUGUCGGCUGCACAUGUGUGCCGCUGCUGGAGGGAGAGCCACACGGCCGCAACAGCAGCAAGAGCCUGCACAAAGGAGAGGUCAAAGGCCGGAAGCGCGGCCACAAAACCUAAAAUGGAUAGAACUCACGCAAGUUCAGUUUUCACACAUUGCUGUGUCUAAAACUUUUAUUUUUCCAGCACAUUCUUAGCUUGGUACCAACCUCUGUGGGCCAGAAUCAGAACAGACGUGGACGGACAUGAAAUUUGACUAAACUGAAGCUGUGUGCAGCUUCCACAGCACGAUGAUUAAAAUCUAGAGUUCUUUCUGUCAUCACAAUAUCGACUGGCAUCAUUUUUCAUUCCACAUCCAAGGUGGCUCAAGAUUCUGCCUUUUAUUGCAUUUACAAA